ACCCAGGUUUUUUGGGAUGGGUGAUUGGAAGUGUUGAGGUGAUGGAUUUUCUUUGUUUCUCAUGUUCUAAUUGGAGGAAAGUCGACGAGGUUUGGAAGUAAAUGUUUGAAAUGGGUUGGUUUAAAUAGAGUUAGAAUUUAACUUACCUACUUUAAAAUAGGACCUCUCUUUGCCUAAACUGCGGGGUAUUUGGAAUUUAUAUAUCGUAAUUGCAGAGGUUGGAGCUUUCGUUGUCUGAUUCAUAUGCAAUAUACUUCGAUUCGUUUCCUCAAUUGUCAAGAAAUUUCCCUACCAAAUGCAUUUGUAUUCUCAUCAUGACUAGAGCUGUCCGCGAUAAUACUCUUAAGGAGGCAAAUGGUGAUAUAAGCGAUCAUCUGCAUAACCACAUUCACUUGACAAACUGCAUUCACUUGAAGAAUCACAUGCACAAGCACAGCCCCAUCUUGGCUGACAGGUCUCUUAUGAGGGACCUCAUUGUCCUUCAGAGGUCGCGAUCUCUCAGGGACCCUUCUGCAAGUCCUCCCUCAUGGCAGUCUCCCUCAUUAACUGAUCUGCCACCGAGGGUGGGUGAAAAUAAUGCUGUGAUUCGUGAAGGAAGAAGGUCAGUAGGAACUGAGAGUCGAAGGGUAGGUAGAACAAUGUCAGGAAGUUCUCCACUCUCGGGAAGUUUUGCCACAUCAAAAGUCAUUCCGGCUGAUAUGAAUGUGGGCACUGAUAGUUUCUGAAAUGGUUUUCUCAAC